GCCAUAUGUGCGCAUGUUCAGGAAUUACCUGCAUGUUUUCUUUGCUGAUUUUGCUGUAGAAAUGUGAAUAUUUUCCCUAUCACUUUGAACAGUUCUUUUUGUUGUUGUUGCUGUACCCUGAAUUAAAAUCACGAUGAAAACACGAUUUACCACUGUGGAUAUCAGGGCCGUUAUUGCCGAGAUCAAUGCCAACUACAUUGGCAUGAGAGUCUAUAAUGUGUAUGACAUCGACAACAAGACGUAUCUCAUCCGUUUGCAAAAGCCUGACAGCAAAGCUGUUCUCCUGAUCGAGUCUGGGACUCGUAUUCAUUCCACAGACUUUGAAUGGCCCAAGAACAUGAUGCCUUCGGGGUUUGCGAUGAAAUGUCGAAAACACCUGAAGACACGCCGACUGACCCAGAUUAAACAGCUUGGGAUUGACCGGAUUGUCGAUAUCCAGUUUGGCUCAGAUGAAGCUGCCUACCACUUGAUUAUCGAACUAUAUGACAGGGGUAACAUCAUCCUUGCAGAUCAUGAGUACACGAUCCUGAAUCUGCUGAGGUUUCGGACAGCAGAGGCAGAAGACGUUAAGAUUGCUGUGAGAGAGCGCUAUCCUGUGGAGAGUGCCAGACCCCCCGAACCUCUCAUCAGUUUGGAGCGGCUGACUGAAAUCCUUAGCAAAGCACCAAAUGGGGAGCAAGUGAAAAGGGUCCUGAAUCCUCACCUUCCAUACGGAGCCACUCUGAUAGAGCACAGUCUGAUAGAAGCAGGACUGUCGGGCUCUAUCAAAAUUGACAGUCAAGUUGAUUCUGCCCAAGUUGCUCCUAAAAUCCUGGAGGCUCUGCAGAUUGCAGAAACUUACAUGGAAAAAACUGAGAAUUUCAGUGGCAAAGGUUACAUCAUUCAAAAGACUGAGAAGAAACCAAGUUUAACUCCUGGCAAACCCAGUGAAGAGCUGCUCACAUACGAUGAAUUCCAUCCUUUCCUUUUUGCCCAGCAUGCAAAGAGCCCCUAUUUGGAGUUUGAUACCUUUGACAAGGCGGUGGAUGAGUUUUUUUCCAAGAUGGAGAGUCAAAAAAUUGACCUGAAGGCCUUGCAGCAGGAGAAACAGGCUCUGAAAAAGCUGGAAAAUGUUAAGAAGGACCACGAGCAGAGGUUGGAGGCCCUGCACCAAGCACAGGAGGUGGACAGAAUAAAGGGUGAACUAGUGGAGAUGAACCUGCCUGUGGUGGAGAGGGCGCUGCAGGUGGUGCGCAGCGCACUGGCCAAUCAGGUGGACUGGACUGAGAUCGGUGUUCUUGUCAAAGAAGCACAAGCUGCUGGAGACCCCGUGGCCUGUGCCAUCAAAGAGCUCAAGCUGCAGACCAACCACAUCACAAUGCUUUUAAAGAAUCCGUAUAUUUCUGAGGAGGAUCAGGAAAAGGAAGAAAAGAAAGAAAUUGUGGAAACGAAAGGGAAGAAAAACAAAAAUAAAGACAAAGGACAGAACAAGAAGCUGCAGAGGAACAAACCCAUGUUGGUGGAUGUGGAUCUUGGGCUGUCUGCUUAUGCCAAUGCCAAAAAGUACUACGACUCCAAACGCAGCGCUGAAAAGAAGGAACAGAAAACCAUUGAGGCAGCAGAUAAAGCCAUGAAAUCAGCUGAGAAAAAAACACAGCAGACCCUGAAAGAAGUCCAGACAGUGACCACCAUUCAGAAGGCCAGGAAAGUCUACUGGUUUGAAAAGUUCUUGUGGUUCAUCAGCUCCGAGAACUAUCUCGUCAUUGCAGGAAGGGACCAGCAGCAGAACGAGAUGAUCGUUAAACGGUACCUCCGGGCUGGUGACAUCUAUGUUCAUGCUGACCUCCAUGGAGCAACUAGUUGUGUCAUCAAAAACCCUUCAGGGAAUCCCAUCCCCCCCCGUACUCUGACAGAAGCUGGCACCAUGGCUGUGUGCUACAGCGCUGCUUGGGAUGCCAAGAUUGUCACCAGUGCUUGGUGGGUUCAUCAUCAUCAGGUGUCUAAAACCGCUCCCACUGGCGAGUACUUGACAACUGGAAGCUUCAUGAUCAGAGGAAAGAAAAAUUUUCUGCCACCUUCUUACUUAAUUAUGGGCUUUGGGUUCCUCUUCAAGGUGGAUGAUCAGAGUGUGUUUCGGCACCAAGGGGAGAGGAAGGUGAGAACCGUAGAGGAAGACAUGGAGGAGGCCACAUCCAGAACUGCCGAGCUGUUAGAUGAGGGAGAGGAGCUCAUAGGGGAUGACAGCAGUAAUGAAGAUCAGGGUGAAGAAAGAGCAGACGAUGGAGAGACCAAGGAGGUGGAGGUGAAAAAGGAGAACGACACAGAGGAGGAGGAGGAUGGCGCGAGUGGAGAAGUAGACUCUGCUCCUGGGGAGUCUGCAGCAGAUACAGGAGAGAAGGUGUCAGAGCAGAGUGACAGUGGUGUGGAAAAAGGGAAUGAAGAGAGUGAAGAAUUCAGCUUUCCAGAUACGACCAUCACCCUCUCUCAUUUACAACCCAGCAGGAGCUCCCAGAAUGCCGGCUUCAAAAAAGAAACACCUACUCAGGAUGACGUAGAUUCACAGGGGAAAAAACACAUGACUGCCAAGCAGAGAAGAGAAGAGAAGAAGAAGAAGCAGCAGAAACAGGAGGGCUGUGAGACUGAGGAGAAGCCUGACAAGUCAUCCGGUGGACCGGUGGGGGAUCAGGGGUCCAAAAGUGGCAAUGGACCCUCUCAGCAGCCGUUAAAGAGAGGUCAAAAGAACAAACUGAAGAAAAUCAAAGAAAAGUACAAAGAUCAGGAUGAAGAGGACAGAGAGCUGAUGAUGCAGCUGCUUGGGUCAGCUGGUUCCACGAAGGAGGAGAAAGAUAAAGGGAAGAAAGGAAAGAAAGGGAAGGGGAAAGAGGAGCCCGUCAGGAAACCGGCCGCUCAGAAACAACAUCAGAAAGCUCGUAAUGUGGAGACUGCAGGGAAGAAAGCAGAGCAGGGUGGAGGGGAGGAGGAAGAGGAGAAGAGGCAGCCCGGAGAGGAGGGAGGUGCUGCAGAACAGGAGGAUAAGGAAGAUGAGGUGGACCAGGACAAUCCUGGAGCAGAGGAAGCAGAGAAUCUGCUCACCUCUCUAACAGGCCAGCCACAUCCCGAGGAUGUGCUGCUGUUUGCAGUGCCAGUCUGCGCUCCGUACACUGCUCUGUCCAACUACAAACACAAAGUGAAACUGACACCAGGUUCUCAGAAGAAAGGCAAAGCUGCACGCACUGCAGUGUUCAGCUUCAUGAAAGCCAAAGAGGUGUCACCAAGAGAAAAAGACCUUUUCCGCAGUGUCAAGGAUUCUGACCUAUCCAGAAACAUGCCGGGAAAAGUCAAGGUGUCUGCUCCAAACCUGUUGGCUGCCAAGAAAAAAUGAAGGAUAGAAGACAAGUGCCGGCGAGACGUUUGAAAUUUACAGCAUUUCUUCAGCACGGAACUGCACCUCAGUCCGGUUCACUGAGACUCUGCCGACUUCACCUGUAUUUCAGACAUGGGUGGUUACUUGUCAGUGGCGUGCCCUUUUUUCAGAAUUUUCAAGAUUGCAUUUGGUGAACCACAACAUGUAACAAAGCUGAAUAUGUCAUGUGUUUAUUUUCUGAGUACAAAUUAUGCAUUGCAGUAAUAAUAUGCCUUUUUAAUCCCACACUUAAAAAAAAAAAAAAUCAAUUGUGCAAACCAGGCAAUUCCAAACAAAGCCGCAGCCCCAAUAAACUUGCAGUGAGUUAUUGAUUAAAUUAAAUUCAUAUGCUACAGUA